ACUCUCUUCUAGAUAAUAAUAAUAAAGCGAAAGGUUAUCCCACCUCUUUUCUAUUCUUUUUUCCGCCCGAAGACAACGUAACAAACCAACGAUAAUCCUCCCUCUUGCUACAAAAAAGGAAAAAAAAACAUCAAUAAUAAUCCACUGCGGUCGCUCGUCCUCCUCCCAACCUCCUCCCAAGUUGCCUCGUGCUCUGCUUCUUCGGUUUUCAGGAGCGUCGGCCAUUGCUGCUGGAAAAGCAGACCAUUGGGACUCCCUCGUGCGUUUUCCAAAUCAGGUUGAUGGCGAUGGAGGGACCAGUUUUAUGCCGCCCUGCAAUGCAAGCCAAAUCGCCUGCUGCUGCGCUGGUCAACAACUCCCUGACCAGAUUCGGGCAGCUUGGGACCAUUUCAAAAUACAGGAACGUUUCAAGAUUCAUUUCUCCCAUCUCUCAGCCAUCUACGAAGAACAUAGGUCCAUGCUGUAGCUUCAGCUCGUCUUCUGAUGGCAAUGGAUACAUGGCUGGAAACUUUAGCGACAGUGAUGAAGAUUAUGUUAAUUCUACUGUGCUAGAAGCAGUUGAGGUGAGAAGUGGAUCGGAAGGAUAUGUGAUAAAGAUGCGAGAUGGGAAAAACUUGCGUUGUGUCCAUAACAAUUCUCAAGGGAGAAAUAUUCCAGAGAGUGCACCCCAACCUGCUAUUGUUUUGAGGAUUGAAGAUGGAAGCGAAACUUUACUUCCAAUCAUUGUUUUGGAGAUGCCAAGUGUACUUCUGAUGGCGGCUAUUCGUAAUGUCCACAUUGCACGACCAACCAUAUAUCAAGUUGUCAAGGAAAUGAUUGAUAAAAUGGGCUAUGAGGUAAAACUUGUUCGGGUAAACAAAAGAAUUCAAGAAGCGUACUGUGCUGAACUUUGUCUAACAAAGAUUGAUGAUUCUACAGACAGCAUCACCUUCGAUCUUCGGCCUUCAGAUGCCAUAAACAUUGCUGUUCGUUGCAAGGUUCCUGUACAAGUCCAUAGAAGUCUUGCAUACAGUGACGGCAUCAGACCAGUCGAGCCAGCAAGAAUGGCAGUAGCAGCUGGCCUAUCAGAUGGGUUGUUAUUUACAGAGCUUGACAGACCCGAUGGACAGGCAUCUGUUGAGGCUCAAGAGUUUGGAUUGGUGAAGAACAUGCUCAUUGCAGCCGUAGAAGAGAGAUACAAGGAUGCUGCAUCAUGGAAGGACAAACUGAUGCGGCUGAGGUCUAAGCGGAAGAACUGGGCCUGACAGCGUUGCAUGUCUGGAUGGUGUAAAUAAAGAUGAUGCCCAGCUGAAUUCCAGUACGCAUUCCAGAUAAUUGAUGCUGGGUUAUGGCUAUGUAACUAGCUGUACAUAUUGUAUGGACCCGAGGAUGGUCUUCUGUAAAUUCAGACUAAGCUUUGAAGUGAAACACUAAUCCUUCGGAGAAACUUGGUACCUUGUCCGUGUUCACUUGUGGUAUAUAAUGUUGGAAAUU